GGGGGCACCUGCCCCGCCACCGCCCACCUGGGCCCGGCCCGGCAGCCCCAGCCGGCGCGGCGGAGGCCGGGUACCGGGGCGGGACGCUGCGCUGCGCACGCCGCUGACCCGGGAAGUUCAGCCCCCGCCGGGGUAUUUCUUUUUUAAAUGAACAGUUCGGCAACUUGGAUACGAAUUAGCGAAAUGUUUCGGAGUUGCUAAAUCUGCCUUUUUCGCUGGCAAAAAAAGUAGGGUUUUCUGUUGUGAGCUCCUGGGGAUGUGACCACAAUCUGGCCUGGAGGAAAGGACAACACCAGAGAGGAAUCAGUGAGCAGGGAGUUAGACCAGCUGGGAACCCUGCAGGGGAGCACGAGAGUCCCAGCAAAGCCGCCCAGAGCCCCUCUAGCAGGGAGCAGGGAAGAAGGGGGAUCCCCGGAGCUGCCUGGGAGGAGCCAAAGGGAACAGUCCUGGUAGCGAAGCCAGGCUGCAGGCAGGCUCGUUCGAGGAUUGGCUGCGCACAUAACCCCAGGCUGCUGGAGCCCCCCACCGGCCACGCCCAUGGGUGAGAAGUCCAAUACGUGCCCGUACUGCGGGAAGGGCUUCCGGCGCAGCUCCCACCUGACCCGGCACCUGGGCACCCACUCAGGCGGAGAGCAGCGCCCCUAUGCCUGCAGCCACCGCAGCAAGGGCCCGGCCCUGACUCCGCCGCCGACGGGCGAGCGCCCCUACGCCUGCACCCACUGCGGGAAAGCCUUUGGGCGCAGCGCCCACCUGGCCCGGCACCAGGAGACCCACUCCGGUGAACGCCCCUACAAGUGCACCUACUGCGGGAAAGCCUUCGGGCGCAAUGCCCACCUGACCCGGCACCAUGGCACCCACACCGGUGAGCGCCCCUACCAGUGCGGUAUCUGUGGCAGGGCCUUCACCCGUGACGCCCACCUGACCCGGCACCAGCUCGUCCACACCGGCGAGAAGCCCUUCCAGUGCGGCGUCUGCGGCAAAGCCUUCACCCGCAGCGCCCACCUCGCCCGGCACCAGGGCACCCACACGGGCGAGAAGCCCUUCGAGUGUGGGGUCUGUGGCAAAGGCUUCACCCGCGAUGCCCACCUGGCCCGGCACCGGGCCACUCACAGCGGCGAGCGCCCCUACAAGUGUGCCAACUGCGGGAAGGGCUUCGGAGCCACCUCCCACCUCCUCCGCCACCAGAGGACCCACCAGGAGUAGCUGCCCUGGCGUGGAGCGUGGGAACCAAGGGGCAGUGGUUCCCACGCCCCUGGCGCCCUCCUCCAUCAAGGGAGGAGAGGGCAUGGGAAUCAGGGGGCACCAGUUCCCAUGCUGCCACCCUCUGGGGCUUCCCUCCCACAUGGGGAACUGAGGGGGUGCCAGCUGUCAUGCCCACUCCUUUCCCAUGGGAGGGUGUGGGACUCAGGGGGGUGCCAGCUCCUAUGCCACAUCUGCCCAGAGUGCACUAUCCUCAGGGCAGGGUGUGGGAACCAAGGGGGCACCACUUCCCGUGCUGCCACCCACUGGGGUGCUCGUCCCCCGGAGGGAGAGUUGGUGCCCCUACUUACACACACUGACAUGCUCCUACUCCCCUGGGCUGGGCGUGGGAAUCGAGGAGGGGCAGCUGCAACGACCGUACAGGAGGAUCUGGCCCAGAGUUGGGCUCCGGGCAUCCUUGGGGCAUGGAUGUUAACGCGGGCUGCCUGGGGAGCACACGGAAUCACCGGCCCCAUGGCCGGUCUGCCCUGCGAAGGGACGACGAUCCAGCCGUAUCUAAAACCUCGUCCAGACAGGGAGAUUGACUGAAACAGCAGCCCCAGGUGGACGCGCUUUUCCGAGGGAAAAAGAACUCUAUCCCGGGACAAUCACUCUGCCCCCAAAGCGACGCCCUUGCCCAGCCCUGGCGACAGGCCCAGAUGCCUUCUGCUGUGCCAGGCUGGUCACAGGUGCUAGCCCCCUCAGCCCUUGCCAGGCUUGGCCUCAUCCCUUCCCAGCAGGGCCCCAGGGCGCUGGCCCUCAAAGGGGCAGGCAGCCUGGUCCAGGGAGUCCAGAAUAGCUCUGUUAGACGGCACUUGCCAGUGUGGAGUAGUUAGUCUGGACCAGCCAGGCCGGGCCACUUCCUUCAGUGUAGACAUGGUGUGAGAGCGCACAGACAGCGUGCCAAGACAAGAGCAGCAGGGGGGUCUGUCCGUGGGUGGGUGUGUGAGAAACCUCCGUGUGUGUGUGUGUGUGUGUGUGUGAGAGAGAGAGAGAGAGAGAGAGAGAAACCCUGUGUGUGUGAGAAACCUCCUUGUGUGUUCCUGUGUGUGUGAGAAGCCUCCUCGUGUGUAUGUGUGAGAAACCUCUCGCGUGUCAGAAACCUCGUGUGUCUGUGUGUGUGAGAAACCUCUGUUCGUGUCUUUGUGUGUGUGUGAAUGUGAGAAAAACCUCUGUGUCCGUGUGUGUGUGUGUGAGAGAGAGAUAGAGAGAGAGAGAAAGAAACCUCCUGUGUUCAGGUGUGUGUGAGAAACCUCUUCUCAUAUGUGUUUGUGAGAAACCUCCUUGCAUAUCCGUGUGGGUGUGAAACCUUGUAUGUGUGUGAGAAACCUCCUUGUAUGUCCGUGUGUAUGUGAAACCUCGUGUGGAUGUCCGUCCAUCCAUGUGUGUGAAAUGUCAUGUGUGAAACUUCCUCCCACAUGUCCAUGUGAGUGUGUGUGUGAUAACCCUCCUUAUGUGUGUCUAUCCGUGUGUAUGUGUGUAACUCUUUGCCAGAGGAUGUUGUAAAGGCCAAGACUAUAACAGGGUUAAAAACUAGAUAAA